UUGAGCAAUCUGUUUUUGCCUGUGAAAUCCACAGCUCUUUCUGUCUAUAAUAGUGUUUCAGUCUCCAGAUUCUACUCCUGCUUGGUAGUUCAGGGUAAUGAAGAUAAAAUGCACAUAAUAACCCGAAGCUGUGUCCUAUUUUUGUGGAUGCAUACACUGACUUUUGUGAAAAGUCAAGAUUGUACCCUUCAAUCAUUUUUAGAUGGUCCCCUAUAUGAUUCAAAUUUUGACAUAUCUGAUCUGGCGGCCACCUACCCUGGUGGAAAACAAGUCAGAGUGAGCUGCAGUGUCGGCUACAGUGGUUUUUUCCGACUGAUCUGUGUCGAGGGAAAAUGGCAGCCUAGAGGCAAUAAAUGUCAACCAAAAUCAUGUGGUCAUCCCGGCGAUGCCCAGUUUGCAGAUUUUCAUCUAGAAAAGGGAGAAGACUUUGUCUUUGGGUCAAAAGUUGUAUACACCUGCCACAAAGGUUACCAAAUGGUCAGUCGCACAAACUACAUGCUUUGCAUGGCUGAAGGCUGGGAUGGGGUUGUUCCUGUUUGUGAAGCGCAACAAUGCCCAUUGAUUCAUGUGGACAAUAAUGUCCAGGUGAAUGGAGACCCUGAGGAAGCAACCUUUGGCAAUGUAGUUCGAUUUAGCUGCAAGUCCAAUACUGAAAUCCUGUCUGGUGCAACUGAGAUCUAUUGUGAUGAAAAUGGAGAUUGGAGCGACAAAGCUCCAAAAUGCAAAGCGAUACAAUGUUCAUCGCCCAAUAUUGAAAAUGGAUAUGUGUCUGGAAAUAUCCAAGUGUACAAAGAACACGAUAUCCUGCGUUUUGAGUGCAAUGAGAAAUUUAAAGCCACUGAAAGCAGACCUUCAAAAUGCAUAAAACUAGGAACAAAAGCAGAGUGGAGCCCCACACCUCUGUGUGAACCAAUAAGAUGCAAAUUGCCAUCAACGCCACUAGGAACCAGGUAUGAACCUCCUUACAGAAAUGUGUUUUCACCUGGUGACAAUGUAAGAGUCAUUUGUGGAGAGAAGUAUGGGAUUACUAAGCAACGAGACACCUCAGCAGUAACUACAUGCGAUGAUGAUGGAGAAUGGACUCUCAGACCAAUAUGCCUAGAGGUUAUAUGCAGCAAUCCACGAGAUAACCUUGUGUAUUACUGGGAAGACAAUUGGAGGCAACCAACAAAAUUGGAUGAGACUGUACGUUAUACGUGUAGGUCAGGCUACAGGAGUACAGAUGGCGCCACACGGGCAACAUGCACCAGAGAGGGGUGGAGACCAAAUCCACUUUGUCAAGAAAUAACAUGCAGCCGACUGGAGAUCGCAAAUGCAAUUCUCAACGAUGACAGGCAGAUAUACAAAAACUAUGAAAAGGUCAAUUAUUUCUGCGAGAAAGGUUAUCGGGGAAGUCCAACUCGAACCUGUCGGGAAAAUGGUUGGACAGGUGAUUCAAAAUGUACAGCAAUAACAUGCGAUAGAAAAACUUACCUGACUGCAGACAUUGAGGGAAAUGUUAAGACCAAAUACAGGUACAAUGACCAGGUCGAAUAUAUCUGCAAGAAUGGUUUAAAGGGACGUUUUACUCUAACCUGUUCGGAAAAUGGCUGGACCGGGUCUCCAGAGUGUGCAAAAUGCGAAAAGGCUAAUGUUGAACAUGGAUUUGUACUUGGCCCAUUUAAUGACACGGUGUACUACUCCUGUGAUGAAGGUUAUAAGCUUUUCACCAAAGGCUGGUGGAGUGAAGCCACAUGUAUUGACGGUUUUUGGUCUGGAUUUCAACGAUGCAUUGAUGAAAAAAAUUGUGGAGAAAUUCCUGUUAUUCCUAAUAGUGAAGUGCCACUUCAAGACAAUGAUUACCGAGAUGGCAAACACUUCCAGAUUAAAUGUAAGGAAGGAUACCAUGCUCAGGAUUUCUUAACUUGUCACAAUGGAAUUUGGCAUUCAAAACAACCACUCGAAACAAUCUGUGCACCUUAUGCCAGUCCUUGCAAUCCCCCACCUAAAGUUCAGAAUGCAGUUGUUGUGACUUCAUAUCAGAAGAAUUUCUUGUCUAACUCUGAAGUAACUUAUAAGUGUCAUAAGAAGUAUACAAUGGAGGGGGAGGAUACGAUUCGAUGCAUAGACGGGAAAUGGGAGACGAAGAAAUUUAACUGUACAGUUAACAGGCUUUUAUUAAAAGUGACAUAAUAAACGCAAAGUGAUAAAUACAUCAGACAUGGCAGAAUUUAAAAUGUUAUCUAAAAAUGAUGUGGUCAAUCUUCACCUGUGUGGCAAAAGAUGAUAACUACCGAAGUAAAUAUAUAUAUUAUGUAAGUACUGA